GUUGUGUCUCAGGUGUUCCCUGGGCCCGAGAGCACCUGGCCCAAAGUUUUGGGGCUGUACAAGUUCAUUCUCUCAGCACGAUGCCGUUUCCCGCAGGAAGCAGCAGCAUGGCAAAGCAUACAACCGCAGGUCUAUGUGGACAACAUCCUGACCAAGUUGCAGACUGGAAACAUGAAUGCUUUCGUGCCCGAAGGCAUUCGUCCGAUCUUGUUUGCCGGCUGCUGUGUUGGCUUCACUUCCCUGCUCUCGGCCAGAUUGCAGAUGGUGAUGUGAAUGAACAGCGGUCCGAGCCAAUGAUAGUAUCAUGGGCAUCCAUUCGUUUCUUCGUCGCCGAGCAUCUGGAUGUGAUGUCGACACCUGUGAUGCGUCUUGAUGACGGUGGCACUGAUUGGUGA